AUGACCACGUGUCCUUUGAAAGCAGACUUCAAGAAGCUGUGUCAGAGAGAAGUGGCACGGGAGCCUGCUGAGGAACCAUCUGGUUGUGGGUGUCAGAAGUGGAGGACUUUUGUUUGUGAACCACAUAACUUCAGACUAAAAGAUGUCCUAACAUGGCGUCUUUUCAAGACAGUGGCCAUGGGUCAGGGGCUGUCCCUGCUGAUCUGUGGGACAGCCAUCACCUGUCAGUAUCUGGCUGAGGCUAGAGUGGAGACGCCCAUGCUCCAGAGCUGCCUAAGCUACACUCUGCUGCUGCUCACCUAUACCUCAGCCCUCAUGUUCAGAAAAGGUGAUGCAAAUAUCUGGAAGAUUUUAAAAUCGAAAUGGUGGAAGUAUUUGCUCAUGGCUUUCACUGAUGUUGAAGCAAACUACACUGUUGUGAAAGCAUACCAGUUUACAACGCUGACAAGCAUUCAGCUCCUGGAUUGUUUCGUGAUUCCAGUUCUUAUGCUGCUAUCCUGGUGGUUCCUGAAGACCCGGUACAGAUUAGUUCAUUUUGUGGCUGUUGUCAUCUGCUUACUGGGGGUUGGGGCCAUGGUUGGUGCUGACCUACAGGCUGGAAGAGACCAAGGCUCCAACAGUGACGUGUUGCUGGGGGACGGGUUGGUGCUCAUCAGUGCUGCCCUGUAUGCCGUGUCGAACGUCUGCCAGGAGUACACCGUCAAGAACCUCAGCAGGAUGGAGUUUCUGGGCAUGAUGGGACUCUUUGGGACACUCAUCAGCGUCAUUCAGAUGGCUGUGCUUGAAAUUAAAGCUGUGGCAGACAUUGAAUGGAACUGGAAAAUUUGCAUGCUCUUUGGGGCAUACGCUCUUUGCAUGUAUGGCCUUUACACUUUCAUGUCAGUCGUGGUGAAAAUGACCAGUGCUGCAGCAGUCAACCUGUCUAUGCUGACAGCUGACCUUUUCAGUCUCUUCUGUGGGAUCUUCCUCUUUCACUACAAGUUCUCGGGAUUGUACGUUGUGUCUUUCAUCACGAUCACCAUUGGCUUUAUCCUGUUUAAUGUCGUGUCGAUGCCCACUAUUGAACCAGCAAACUCAAACAAUGAAAGAAAAUAUCAGGUCCCCACGGAGGACGAUCAUGAUGGACAGCUGGCGACGGACUUGCAGAGAGAGCAGGAGCAGGAUGAAGUGUAA